AUGUGUUCGGCAGUGAGUUGGUUCAAUUUCUUGGCCAAUGAGUGCGUGGCAGUGCUGGAAGCCUUUGGAUUGAACCUGGGCAUCUCAUCCUCGGUGUUGGGCAUCACCGUCUUGGCCUGGGGCAAUUCGGUGGGCGAUCUGGUGGCGGACACCGCCUUGGCGCGGCAAAACAGGUCCAAAAUGGCCGUGGCCGGGAUCUUCGGCUCUCCGCUGCUCAGUGACCUGCUGGGUCUGGGCAUCGCGCUGACGUCGCACUGCUGGCAGCAGGGACAAAUGCGGUCGCAGCUCAGCAAGCAGCGCCUUGGCGAGAUGCCCCACGGGACAUCUAGGUGA